AUGCGAAGAAGUAAACUGAUUGAUUAUUGCAAUACCUGGUGGCCACAAUAUGAAUUAGAGGAUCAGGAAAAAUGGCCUGAGAAUGGAACUCUGCAUUAUAAUACUAUCCUGCAGUUAAUGCUGUACUGUAAAAGAAAGGAAAAGUGGGAUGAGGUACCAUAUGUGGAUCUUUUCUUUACCUUAAGAAACAAAGAAAAGUGGCAAAAAUCCUGCGGAAUAAUGAUUGUUAAGACAAGUAAUGCCGGAGAGUGUAAAGGAUGUGCUGAAGGAAAGGAAUGUGAGAAGUGCCUUGCCUCAGGGAACAGUCGGCAACAUCAAAAGGAUGAGGAAGAUCUAGGGUUGUUAAUAGCUCCACUUACCUCGUUAGCGAUAAAGGGAGAAAGGGGGGAAGGAGGUGACAGUGAUGAUGAUCUUGAGAAUAGGAGUGAUUAUGACUGUAAAGAGACACAAAGCUCUGUUACUCCGGUUUCCCACCGAACCCGCCAGAGGGAAGGACGGGAAAGGAGAAUGCAGACUCAGGUGUCUCAGCCGGCUAGUGCGGUGCUUGCACCCUUGAGGCAGGGAGUUGGAGCGGAAGGACCAGUGUAUGUCAAAAUGCCUUUCUCCCCCGGGGAUUUGGUGAUUUGGAAGCAAUCAGCAGGGACAUAUAGGGAAAAUCCUGAUAAAGUAGCUCGUGUAAUGAAAAUGAUCAUGAAAACUCAAAAUCCCGAUUGGGAUGAUAUCCAGGUGCUGUUAGAUACCCUUAUGGAUUCAACAGAAAAAGAAAUGGUGUUGCGGGCUGCAAGAGAGAGGGUCCGGGAGGAUAUACGGCAGGGACUAGUUGAGGGAAACAUAGAUCAGAACUUCCCCAUGGAAGAUCCGAUGUGGGACUAUAACACGGGAAGGGGAAUGAGGAAUUUGCGAAGGUAUCAAGAUUGGGUGGUCAUUGGAGUGCAAAAGGCUAUACCUAAAACAAUAAACUGGUCAAAGUUGUAUAGUGUGAGGCAAGAAAAGACAGAGUCGCCGUCUGUUUUUCUGGAAAGGCUUAAAGAGACAGCGAAAAAAUACACAGAUCUGGACGUGGAAAGUGAGCAGGCAAAAGCACAAUUGGCUUUAAUCUUUUUAGGGCAAUCUCAGGAAGACAUUAGAAAGAAACUGCAGAAGUUAGAGGGAGCAGACUUGCGAGAUUUGGAUAGACUGUUGGAAGUGGCUUGGAAAGUGUAUAAUAAUAGGGAAAAAGAGAGCUCCCGGAGGCAGCAACAAAAUCUGUUGGCAGUGAUCCAGGGGAGAGAACGAGGCUUUUCUAACCUGAGGGGAAGGGGGAGAGGAAAUAUGCGGGGACGAGGAAGGGGAAGAGGAUUCUAUAAUCCAAAUGUAGAGACAAAUGCAAGAGGAAUAGGAUAUAAUCAGUGUGCAAACUGCUUACAGGAGGGACACUGGAAAAAUGAAUGUCCACUAAGGGGAAAGCAAACUAUGUCCCCCAGGAACCCCUUUGUGGGAUCGGAAGUAGCUCAGACAAUGAAUAAGGAGCCCCUUGUGAAAAUACAGCUGGGAACAGAAGAAGUGAAAUUUUUAGUGGAUACAGGGGCUACCUAUUCAGUUUUAAACGAUUUACAUGGGAGGAUAGGGAAGAAAACAACUACAAUAGUCGGAGCCACAGGGAGGGAGGAAACACGGCCAUUCCUACGACCCCUAGACUUGCGCUUUGGGGGAAAAGAGCUGACACAUGAAUUUCUGUACAUGCCUGAAUGUCCUAUUCCACUUUUAGGACGAGACUUAUUAGCUAAAUUGGAUGCAAAAAUUAUUUUUGAAAACGGUGAAUUGACCAUGCAGGUUCCGGAAUCGAAGGCAGGACAAAUUUUGGUUUUGAAAAAUAAGCCCACUGCUCGAAUUCCGGAGGAGGUAGAACAAGCAGUAAUACCGACAGUUUGGGAAACAGGAGUCCCGGGAAAAUCGAAAAGUGCCCAACCAGUAAUAGUGGAAUUAAAGGAUGGAGCUAGACCAGUGAGAGUUAAACAAUAUCCCCUGAAAUUAGAAGCAAGAUUUGGGAUUAUAAAAACAAUUGAGAAGUUUUUAAAGUAUCAAAUUUUAGAGGAAUGUGAAUCAGAAUAUAACACUCCAAUUUUCCCAGUAAAGAAACCUAAUGGUGAGUAUAGGUUGGUUCAGGAUUUGAGAGCCAUAAACGAGAUAACAAAAGAUAUCCACCCAGUAGUCGCUAACCCUUAUACAUUGUUAACAUCUGUGAAGGAAAAAUAUAAAUGGUUUACUGUGAUCGAUUUAAAAGAUGCCUUCUUCUGCAUCCCUCUUGACGAAAGUAGCAGGAAACUGUUUGCAUUCGAAUGGGAAAAUCCACAGAAUGGACGAAAGAUGCAAUUAACAUGGACCAGGCUUCCACAGGGAUUUAAAAACAGUCCAACACUCUUCGGAAACCAGUUAGCCAAGGAAUUGGAAGCGUGGACCACCCAAGGAAAAAUACAGGUACCCAGAUCACAGUAUCUCCUACUGCAAUAUGUUGAUGAUAUUUUUAUUGCAACAGAACAAGAGUCACUGUGUAUAAAGGUAACCAUUGAAAUUUUGAACCAAUUAGGUUUGAAUGGGUACAAGGUUUCAAAGGAAAAGGCACAAAUUGCAUGCACCACUGUAUUGUAUUUAGGGUGCGAAAUUUCACAAGGACAGCGAAAGCUAGGAAUAAAUCGCAUAGAGGCUAUUUGUGCCAUUCCAGAACCACGAAAUCUACAUGAAUUGAGAACAUUUUUGGGCAUGACAGGGUGGUGCAGAUUAUGGAUAAUGAACUAUGGCCUCAUUGCAAAACCUCUGUAUGAGGCCCAGAAAUCACCUGUUUUUGUUUGGAAUGAACCACAGAAAGAGGCCUUUAAAAAACUGAAAGAGACAUUGAUGAAGUCUCCAGCAUUGGGCCUCCCGGAUUUGACAAAGGACUUUCAAUUAUUUGUCCACGAGAGACAGAAACUAGCACUGGGAGUAUUGACUCAAAGACUCGGAAGCUGGAAGAGACCAGUAGGAUAUUUCUCAAAACAGCUGGACCCGGUAAGUGCGGGAUGGCCGUCAUGCUUGAGAGCAGUAGCAGCCACUAUUGUUUUGAUACAAGAGGCCAGAAAAUUGACUUUGGGAAGACACAUGGAGGUGUUUGUACCACAUAUGGUGACAACCGUCUUGGAACAAAAAGGGGGGUACUGGUUAUCUCCUAGCAGAAUGAUGAAAUACCAAGCGAUUCUAACAGAGCAAGAUGAUGUAAGUUUAAAGACUACUAACCUGUUAAACCCAGCAGCUUUCCUAGGAGCAGAACUGGAAGGAGAGACGCUUGAACAUAACUGUAUAGAGGUCAUCGAGCACACAUAUGCAACCAGAGCCGAUCUGAAGGAUGCACCUCUUGAACAACCAGACUGGGAACUCUUCACAGAUGGAAGCAGCUUUGUGGAAAAUGGAACACGAUAUGCAGGAUAUGCUGUAACAACACAGCAGGAGGUAAUUGAAGCCAAAGCAUUACCUCCAGGAACAUCAGCCCAGCGGGCAGAACUGAUAGCUCUCACGAGAGCACUGGAAUUGAGCACUGACAAAAAGGCAAAUGUAUGGACAGACUCAAAAUAUGCAUUUGGUGUAGUGCACAUUCAUGGAGCGUUAUGGAAAGAACGAGGACUGUUGUCCUCACAAGGGACUAACAUAAAGUAUCAAAAGGAAAUACUAGAAUUAAUAAUUGCCGUGCAAAAGCCCAAACAGGUGGCCGUCAUGCACUGCAAGGCACACCAAGGAGGAACAUCGAAGAUAUCCGAAGGAAAUACAUUGGCAGAUCGAACAGCUCGACAGGUGGCCCGGAAGGUAUGGAAUAUGAUGGCACUGAUACCUCUCAAGGUAAGCCCACUCCAUACCUAUCUUUCACAAAAACCAACCUACUCAAAAGAAGAUGAAAAAUUGGCUGGACUUUUAAGAGCUCAAAAGAACUCUGAAGGGUGGUAUAUAACAACAACUGGACAAGUGAUAGUGCCACCUGCAAUCAUGCGAAAAAUUCUACAGACUGAGCAUCAGAAGUGUCAUUGGGGUGCAGAAGCAUUGGUAACUUAUCUAAGGCGAGGAAUAGUUUCCACACAGAUGUUAACUAUGGCAAAAUCAGUGGGAUCAAAAUGUGAGGCUUGUUUGAAAAAUAACCCAGUAGUGAGGAGACAAAUUGAGAUGGGAAGAAUCAGAAUAGGGACAGAACCAGGAGAUUAUUGGCAAGUUGAUUUUGUAGAAUUACCAAAGGCCCAAGGAUAUAAAUAUCUAUUAGUAGGGGUCGACACCUUUUCUGGAUGGCCGGAAGCCCUUCCCUGUCGCACCAAUCAGGCGAAAGAAACAGUGAAAUGGUUGCUCAAAGAAAUCAUUCCAAGGUUUGGUGUUCCUCUGGGAAUGUCAUCAGAUAGAGGCCCACACUUUAUUGCAACAAUAGUGCAGGAAAUAAGUAAAACCCUAACCAGAUUGAGAAGCACCCUGGUGUGGAACAGGCCAUUGUCCUUGGAGAAUCCAGUGCAUGAUAUUCAACCAGGAGAUCAAGUAUAUAUCCGAAACUGGAACGAAGAACCGUUAAAAGAACGGUGGGAUGGACCCCGUCUGGUGCUGUUAACAACAUUCACUGCAGUAAAGGUAGAAGGGAUAGACUCUUGGAUACAUUACACACGAGUGAAGAGGGUCCCGAAGGUCUGGGAAACACAAAUAUUAAGUCCCACAAGACUUAAACUGAAGUGUAAGCAGGAUGUUUAG